GCUUUGAUCGGGUAAAGCUCAUUGGCGUCCUUCCAAGAUACUAUUGGUCCGGCCAUAACCGUGGCUAACACUGUUACGUGGAAUAUGACGCGGCAUGAGAAUAUACAAAAUGUUUUUCUGAAUUUCCAUCCUACUUCACCUAUAAAAAGCUCCCCACGAGUUAUGAACCGCACUGCACCACUGCUCUCUCUCUCUCUCUCUCUCUCUCUCUCUCUCUCUCUCUCUCUCUCAUAUGCUCAGUUUAAUUGCUUUUUAAUUCCCUGAGUUCCUCUUCAUCUGAACCUCCAACAAUGGCCAUUGAUUCACAGCUCUCGUCUCCGCUAGGCCCUCCGGCAUGCGAGAAGGAUGCGAAGGCUCUUCAGUUCAUCGAGGAUAUGACAAAGAGCGUAGACGAGGUCCAGAGGAGAGUUUUGGAGGAGAUACUGAGUCAGAACGCCGACACCGAGUACCUCGGGAAGUUCCAGCUCAAUGGGGCGACGGACCGCGACACUUUCAAGUCGAAAGUCCCUGUGGUUACGUACGAGGAUCUUCAGCCUGAGAUCCAACGUAUUGCUAAUGGCGACCUCUCCCCAAUCCUAUCAGCUCACCCUAUUUCUGAGUUCCUCACCAGCUCUGGAACUUCGGCCGGUGAGAGAAAAUUAAUGCCAACGAUUCAUGAAGAGAUGGACCGUCGCCAGAAAUUGUACAGCCUUCUCAUGCCGGUGAUGAACCUAUACGUCCCGGGUCUAGACAAAGGGAAGGGACUCUACUUCUUGUUCGUGAAGGCCGAGACCAAGACUCCAGGUGGCCUCGUGGCACGUCCUGUGCUCACCAGCUACUACAAUAGCGAGCAGUUCAAGACCAGGCCAUAUGACCCUUACAAUGUUUACACCAGCCCGAACGAGGCCAUUCUCUGUGCCGACUCUUUUCAGAGCAUGUACACCCAGAUGCUCUGUGGCCUCCUCAUGCGCGAAGAGGUCCUCCGAGUCGGUGCUGUGUUUGCCUCGGGCCUACUGAGAGCUAUCCGCUUCCUACAACUUCACUGGAAACAAUUGGCCUACGACAUCUCAACUGGAACCUUAAACCCUAAAAUCACAGAUCCAUCUCUCCGGGAUUGCAUCUCCAAAAUCGUCAAACCCAACCCAGAACUCUCCGAGUUCAUAACCGAAGAGUGUUCGGCAGAGAAUUGGGAAGGUAUAAUCACAAGAAUUUGGCCAAACACGAAAUAUCUAGACGUGAUUGUAACGGGAGCUAUGGCUCAGUACAUACCGACACUUGAGUAUUACGGUGGAGGGCUGCCUCUUGCCUGCACCAUGUACGCAUCCUCCGAGUGCUACUUUGGGCUUAAUCUAAAGCCAAUGUCCAAGCCUUCUGAGGUUUCCUAUACUUGCAUGCCAAACAUGUGUUACUACGAGUUCUUGCCACACGACCCAAACGCUCCAGCUCUAUCUCGCGACUCACCUCCACGGCUUGUCGACCUUGCUGAUGUAGAAGCCGGGAAACAAUACGAGCUCAUAAUCACAACCUAUGCAGGGCUCUGCCGCUACCGAGUGGGUGACAUCCUCCAAGUCACCGGUUUCUACAAUUCGACUCCACAAUUUCGCUUCAUAAGAAGAAAGAACGUGCUGUUGAGUAUCGACUCCGACAAGACAGACGAGGCUGAGUUGCAGAAGGCUAUCGAAAAUGCAUCAGUGUUCCUACGGGAAUUCAACACAAGCGUGGUCGAGUACACGAGCUACGCUGACGCAAAAUCGAUCCCCGGACACUAUGUUAUUUACUGGGAGUUGCUAGUGAAGGAUCCGGAGAAUUCACCGAGUCAUGAGGUACUGAACCAAUGCUGCUUAGCCAUGGAGGAAUCUAUGAACUCGGUGUACAGACAAGGCCGAGUUGCGGACAACUCAAUCGGACCACUCGAGAUCAGGGUGGUUAAGAAUGGCACAUUUGAGGAGCUCAUGGAUUAUGCAAUCUCUCGUGGUGCAUCGAUCAACCAGUACAAGGCACCAAGGUGCGUGAAUUUCACCCCUAUCAUGGAACUCCUCGAUUCCAGAGUGGUCUCGGUGCAUUUUAGCCCAGCUGCGCCGCACUGGAACCCUGAACGGCGUCGUUGUUGACCGCGGGACGGCAUGGGAAGAAAAGAAAGAUAUAAAGAUUCUGUUGGGCUACCAACCAAAAACGCCAUGCCUUGUUGAAUUUUUAUCUAGCUUUUAAAAGUGUCUUUUGUUUCAGUAUCUUUUUUGAAAGUUUUCAGGGUGUGUGUCUGUGAAUAAGUUCGAAUAAUCUUCUGUGCGCAUGAUGUAAUUGUCACGGAUGUGUUUGUUAGUGUCCAUCGUAUCGUAUCCUUUUCCGUCAGUUCAGCUUUCUCAAAGCUGAUCAGGAAAAGACGUUGAAAGUGUCGUAGGUCAUGGAACAUGAAGAGCUUUUGUUUCAUAGUGGUUAUCGUGGAUGUAAUAAGAUGGCAAAUCCGUAAAAUUAUUUAUGU